UGAAUGAAUUAUUAUAGAAAUUGAAAAAGCAGUAAGAGAUUUUGUGAUUUUUUAUUUGUGUAAAAGUGGCAACAAAUAUGGUGAAAUUAAUUGAUAAGUGAUUAUGCGUAUUGACAAGUGAUUAUAAAAAUGAAUUGAGUGUCGAUGUGACGUGUAAAAGUUAUUGAUGGAUUAAUAAAAUGAUUAUUUGUGCCAUACUCUACUGCCAUGUGCUCAUCUCCGCUGUGGUAGCGGGUGUCGAAAGUACAGGUAGGGUGUGGGAGGACCCGAGAGUCAAUUCGUGUCUGACGGGGUACAUGACAGACCUGCAAUCAUGGGUUGGGAAUUUUGGAGAGUUCACAGAAAAUGUCGAUAACAAAACAGCAAUUAAUUUGUCAGGAAAGCGCAACGUGGUGAGGAGCCUUGACCAUGAAUUGUUCUGGAGGAAAUUCCCAAAAGAACACCGGAUCAGAUACUUGAGUAUGACGAAUUGUUUUAUGACGAGAGUGCCAUCGGUAUUCCAUAAGGUAGACAACCAUAACCGUAGAUUAGCUGAUACGCUAGAGUUCUUGACGCUGUACGGAAACAAUUUUGGUGUACUCGAGCCACAUACUGAGAUGUAUAAUAUGUCAAUGAACGCCUCUGUUGCCAAUGAACUGCCUGUUCCAGCUCAGCUACAAAUAAGAAGUUUAAGUACAUGGGCUUCAGGUUUUCACAUGCUGUUAUUUCGUAGGUUGCAAGAAUUAGAUCUUCGUGCUUGUUCAAUACAAGUACUUGGCAGCUAUAUAUUUGAAAGGAUGCCUGAACUAAGAAGAUUAUAUCUAAGCGAAAACAAUAUAUACUACAUUGAAUCAAAUGCUUUUGAUUCCUUGAAAAGCCUGAGACAUGUAGAUUUGAGUAGGAAUUAUGCUUACGAUGGAUCUGGCAACCAGGAAGAAAUUAUUUUUGAGUCAAUUUUCGUUUUUGCAGGUUUAAAACACCUUGAAUCUUUAGACUUUUCUUUUACCAGAUUUGGACAGCGUUUUCUUGGUAUAUUCAAUCGUAUUGGCAAGAGUUUAAAAAGGGUGUCUCUGUGUAAUUCAAGUAUAGGAAGAAUAAGAAACGAUACGUUUAAUACCACGUCUUUGAAAAUACUAGAUCUAUCGGGUAACACGGAAGCUUUAUUUACACCGGGAGGUUUAAGAGGCGUGAAUAAUCAUUUAGAAGUUCUAUAUGCUGACAAUGUUUCGUUGAAAAAUAUGGAAGGUUUUAUGAAUUUCACGCAUCUAAAAAUACUUAAGCUAUCUAAUAAUGAAAUUAAUACUAUACCAGAAAACAUAACUAAAACUCUGAUUAAUUUGCAAAUACUUGACUUAGACAAUAAUAGAAUAACAGCGUGGGGUAAUAAUACUAUUAGUGUUAUGCCUAAGUUAAAACUUCUAUCACUAAAAAACAAUAAUAUCCAUAUUUUAUCGAAGGAUAUGUAUUACGACAUACAGAAAUUAUCCUUUUUGGGGUUAUCCGGUAAUGUCCUAGUUUGUAAUUGUCACGCAAGAGACAUGUAUGAAGUAGCUUCAAAUAAUGAACUGCUUUUUAACAGCACAUAUUUCGAUACCGAUGAUAUUAUGUUUGGUGAUUUUUCCCAUACUGGAUUUGUGGAUUUUAAUGAAGUUAUACGUAGAAGACAGAACAUAACAACUUUUUGUGAGAAGAGAAAGGCGUGCAACGUGGAAUUCAACUACGAUGUCGUUGGAAACUAUGUACUGCUUGACUACGAAGAUUAUUCUAAUCAAUACAAAUGUCUUUCAGUUUCUGAAGGAAAAUCAACAGGACUAUAUAAUGUUCCUAGUUGUAGUGCAAGUAAUAGAGACAUGGAAGGCGCAGAAGAAAUAAUAUUAAAAAGUUGGAAUAAAUACUUUCUGUUACUGAUUCCAACGUUAUUACUGCCAUUUUUGUUAUUUGCUUAUGUUUUUAGAAAGAACUUCAGAUACUUCUUGAUAACUGUCCGAAAUUCGGCGAUGUUAAGUUUAAUCAACAAAAACGAUUGUCCUGAUGAUGAAACAGUUUUUAACUACGACGUGUUCGUGUCCUAUUGUAAUGAGGACAGAGCGUGGGUAUUGGAUAACCUGCUCUCACACGUUGAGAAAGACUGUAAUGUCAGCGUGUGCCUUCAUGAGAGAGAUUUCCAGGUUGGGCUUUCUAUUUUGGAAAACAUAGUAUCCUGCAUGGACCGCUCUCAAAUGAUCAUGCUCAUCAUCUCCAAGAGGUUUCUUUUGAGCCAGUGGUGUCAGUUUGAGAUGCACCUCGCUCAACAUAGAUUGCUAGAAACACGAAGAGAAGAUCUCAUUCUAGUCCUCCUUGAAGACAUCCCGAAACGGCUUCGACCGAAUACUUUACACUAUUUGAUGCUAACAAAGACCUAUAUCGUAUGGCCAAAAGAAGAAUCGGAACAGAGUCUGUUUUGGAGAAGAAUGAAAAAGAGUCUUGUGACACACAAGUUGAAGAAAUUAGAUAAUGUGUCUUUAGCUUGAGACCCUAAAACGUUGUACCGAUUUAUCUAACAGUGCUGCGUGUAAAGACGUGUAACAGAAUAAAGUAGAGUUACAGCAGUUUGACGCCUUUAAUCUCGUGGUAAACGUCGACAUCGUCUGCUGAGGCCAUUAAGGAUUCUUUCCUCGCCCCGCAUUUUUCGCACGAUUGCUCUGUCUUCAUCGAAUCUCUGUAUUACUAUCCUUGCGAUGUGAUACUAAUGAUGAAAUAAUUCCGAAACCCGAUGUCAGUGUUAAUUUAAUCGAGUGUCGAUUACUAACAAUGACGCUACGCGGUGAAUUAAAAGUUUUGUAUUCGUUUGUUUUGUGUAUCUCCUACUUAGGGGAGUAUACUUUGUGGUCAAACUAACCACAAUCGUAACUCAAUAGCAUUUUAUUAUUUCUCUCUUUCGUGUCUAUUUGAUAUUAAA